AAAAUGUUUUUAAAAAGCACCUUUAACAUAAUAAACCAUUGCAGCAUACUCCACAGGAAGAUUAUAAAACAAAAAGCGUGGCUGAUACACACAAGGACUGUUUAAAGCAGGUGACAAAAGCUUGGGCAAAGAGGAUGUAAGAAGGGGAGGAUUUACAGAUGGGAAAGUCAAACCAAACAUCAUAUUGAGAUCUGCCAGAGUCACUCGAUUCAUCAGGACUUGAUAUCACUGGCCUUUGAAUGAGGAAGGAUAAAUAUUUGUCUGUUCUGUCUGUGGGAAAAGACUGGAAAAGCACUGAGACACACACAUCCGUGUGAGUGUUCCAGCCUACUGACUGUGGAAAGAGCUUUAAUCAGGUACACAGCCUGAAAAUACAUCACACCAUUCACAGUGGGGAGGAACUGUGCACAUGUCUGUGUGUGGGCAAGGCUUCAAUUGAUCAUCCGACGUGGAGAGACACAAGCAUAUCCACACCAUGGAGAAACCGUGGAAGUGUGGGCAUUGCGGGAAAGGAUUCAGUUACUCAUCCAAGCUGGAAAUUCAUCGACGUAGUCACACUGGGGAUAGGCCAUUCACUUGCUCAGUGUGUGGGAAGGGAUUCACACUGUUAUCCAGCCUCCAGAAACACCUGCUUAUCCACACUGAGGAGAAGCCAUUCAGCUGCACUUCAUGUGGAAAGAGUUUCAGGCAGUCAUUCAGCCUCAUUUCACACCAACGAGUUCACACUAGGGAGAGGCCAUUCACCUGUUCCGUGUGUGGGAAGGGAUUUGCUCAGUCAUCCAACCUGCUGAGACACCAGCGAAUUCAUACUGGGGAGAAACCAUUCACCUGCCCGAUUUGUGAGAAGAGAUUUGCUCAUUUAGCCACCCUGCUGAGUCACCAGCGAGUUCACACUGGCGAGAGGCCGUUCACCUGCCCUGAGUGUGGGAAAGGAUUUUCUCAGUCCAACAACCUGCUAAUACACCAGAGAAUUCACACUGGGGAGAGGCCAUUCACCUGCUCCGAGUGUGGGGAAGGAUUCACUCAGUCAUCCACCCUGCUGACACAUCAGCGAAUUCACACUGGGGAAAGGCCAUUCAUCUGCUCCGAGUGUGGGAAGGGAUUCAUCCAGUUGUCCCAACUGCUGAGACACCAGCGAGUUCACACUGGGGAGAGACCAUUCAUCUGUUCUGAGUGUGGGAAAGGAUUUACUCAGUCAAUUAGUCUGCAGAUACAUCAGCGAGUGCACACUGGGGAGAGACCAUUCACUUGCUCCAAGUGUGGGAAGGGAUUCACUCGGUCAUCCCAAUUGCUAACACAUCAGCGAGUUCACACUGGAGAAAGACCAUUCACCUGCUCUCUAUGUGGGAAAGGUUUCACUGGGUCCUCUGACGUGCUGAAACACCAGCGAAUUCACACUGGGGAGAGGCCAUUCAGCUGUACUUCCUGUGGAAAGAGAUUCAGAACUUCAUCCCACCUCAAUGUACACCAACGAGCUCAUACUGGAGAGAGACCAUUUACCUGCACUGUGUGUAGGAAGGGAUUCACUGGGUCCUCUGAGCUGAUGAAACACCUGAAAAUUCACACUGAGGAGAAACCGUUCAGCUGCGCUUCCUGUGGAAAAAGUUUCAGGCAGUCAACCCACCUCAGUGUACACCAGCGAGUUCACACUGGGGAGAGGCCGUUCACUUGCUCCGAAUGUGAGAAGAGAUUCACUCAGUUAUCCCACCUGCUGACACACCAGCGAGUUCACACUGGGGAGAGGCCAUUCACUUGCUCCAAGUGUGAGAAGAGAUUCACUCAGUUAUCCCAUCUGCAGAGACACCAACGCAUUCACAAGUGACUCCAUCCAAGACUGAGGCAUGUUCAUUCUGACAGUUGGAGUUUGUUUCUGCUGCUGCUAAUAAUCCCUGUGACUGGGCUAGAGUUUACUAUCCUGGAUCUGUAACUGAUUGUGUUCUCGAGGCUGCAGUGUCCCUUUAUGAACUGUUGUCUGUGAUCUUUCCCCAUAAUUCAGGAACACUCAUCAAAAAUUAAUUUAGGAAAAGAUCAUGAACUUUUACUUCAAUCCUAAAUUGACCUUUAGUACGAACUCUACAAUUCACUGUCUGAAAGGUUCCACUGAUUUACAUGUCCAUUUAGAAAGUGCUGAUUAAUCCUUAUUCACAAUUCUUACUGACUUACACAUGACACAGAUUGACACCUCCAUUAUCCAUCAGAAAGAAGGGAAAUGAGAAUUGGUGGAGAAUCGAGAGUUCCCAAAUGUUACCUCUCCCGUCUGGUGCAGAAAUCCCUUCGAUGUGGGAUUGGAGUCCAAUCCAAGAAAAGGACUGUAAGAAAUUGCUGUCUCAUAACCUUAUAAAAUCUUCAGAAAUUUAUGGAAUAUUGCAGAAAUUGCUCACUCUCUCUCUCUUAUUAAGAAAGCUUCCAUAACAGCUUGCUGGCUCACAACACAGAACAGGCCUGUUAUCUCUGCCAAGGACAUGUCUUUUGCACAGGCCCUGAAACAAGACAUUUCUAACCCUGAUACGAUUGGAUCUUAUGAUCCUUACGCAAACCAACUGUCUAUGUAAAGGUUAAAACAGGCUCUCGAGAGCAAAAAGAUUUCAAAGUGAUCUAUCCUGGCUUCACCACAACAACCACACUCUGGCUCACAACAGUUAACCAUUGAGAGGAGACAGCGGCCACCAGUUACAGAGACCAGCAUUCACUCUGUAUCAUCCGUGCAUUUGUCCUCCGGGAUCGGUAAAUUAUUCUCACCUGUCACAGAUCAUGUGUUUCUUUCUGUCCAUAAUGCAUCAUUUUUAAACUGUUGCUUCUUAAUAA